AUGGAUGAUCAUCAUGAUCAUCAUGCCUACGCUCCUCAAUCCGCCUCCGAAUACUGCUCCGACACUCACCUUUCUUACGUAUUACCGCCUUCUCAUCCACCGCCGCCGCCGCCGCCGCCGACGUCUGCAAACAACCUGAUGAUAUUGAACAAUGAUCAGAACUUCUCUUCAAACUCCUUUAUGCUUCCUUCGAAUCAACAACUAUUCCUAGGCGUUUCCGCCUUAUCGUCAUCGGAAACCGCUUCUAUCGCCGGAAUCGGCUCCGAAGAGAACAACUCCGAUACGAUUCGCGCCAAAAUUGCUUCUCAUCCACUCUAUCCUAAAGUUGUACAGGCUUUCCUUGAUUGCCAGAAGGUUAUUGCUCCUCCGGAGAUGGCGGACUUCUUACAUGAUUUCGAUCAGAGUAAUAGACCAGAAUCAGCUUCGCUAGGCACUGAUCCCGAGCUCGAUGAGUUCAUGGAAAUUUACUGCGGUAUGUUGGCGAAAUGCAAGUCCGAUCUGGCGAAGCCGUUCGACGAAGCGACUGCGUUUUUGAGGGAUACAGAAGCUCAACUUAGCAGUCUCUGUAGCUGUGCUCCCAUAAGCAACGUUUCCGAUGGUGGUGGUGCAGGAUCAUCGGAGGUUGAUUCUGGGAAAGAAGGCGAUGGAAAGGCAUUAUUAGUCGGGGAUGAAUUGAAAGCGGAGGAGUAUGAAGAGAUUAAGGAAAAACUGGUUUGCAGGUAUAGUGGGUACAUUAAAUCAUUGAGGCAUGAAUUCUCAAAAUCGAAGAAGAAAGGGAAGUUACCUAGAGAAGCUAGACAGAUUCUUCUUGAUUGGUGGACUUUCCACUAUAAGUGGCCAUACCCCACGGAAGAGGAGAAAGUGGGUUUGGCGGAGGCCACGGGGCUAGACCAGAAACAGAUAAACAACUGGUUCAUAAACCAAAGGAAAAGACACUGGAAGCCUUCAGAAGACAUGCAGUUUUCAGUUAUGGACAACCUUUAUGGUCAUGAUCAUGGACCCUUCUUCAUUACUGAUAAUGAUGAUCAAAUGUAG